GUUCACAGGGCCACCGUGAACGGUGGACUUCAAUUCCCACAGUGCCUGGCCGGAAUCCGUAAUUUUUGCCUUGGUAACUGUGAGGUGGUCGCCAUCUUGCGUACGGAGGUGCGGUUAUUGCCUCAGAGUUUGACGGCUGGACUUCUGGUUUCUCCCUCUGCUUUGUGGUGGUGUUUGAGUGUUUUUUCACUGUGACGGAGGUUUGUGUCUUGUAGGAGAAUUUCUUUUUUUUGGGCGAGUAAAGGUCCUGGCAGAGCCUGUACAAGAAGAUGCCUUAUGGUGAAAUUGAAGCCAACUUCUUGGGUACUAGAAAAGAACUAACAAAUGAACCAUGCUAUAAAAAAUUGAAGUCAGAUGCAAAAGCUUAUGUUUUCCCACAUCGGGGCAGUGCUGAUUUUCUUCAGGAGGACAAAACCCAAACUACAGAUUUGCAGAAACCUUUGCAUAAUGAGAUGCCUUGUAAUAGACUACAUGUUAUUGAAUCCAUUGGUUCACAAAUUUUACAGAAUGGAAAAUCUCCAUUAGUAUCAACAGAUGAUGACAUAUAUAGUACAAGUAAAGCAUUUAUAGGACCCAUUUACAAACCCCCAGAGAAAAAGAAAUGUAAUGAAAGAAGGAAUGAGACAGACACUCGCAAUGGUACAAAUGCCAAAAGAAGACAAGAAAAAAACCAGAAAUUUUAUACCAAGAAAUUAGAGAUUGACACUGAAUUGUCACAGUUUUACAAAGAAAUUGAGGAGCUUGAAAAUGAAAGAGACAAUUCAGAAGUUAGUUAUAAGGAAUCUGAACCAUCUCAAGAGCAACUUCUUCCAUAUUAUGAGGGCUAUAAUAAUGAUGUCUUAAAAUCUGAUGAAGCAACUGAAGAUCUUAAUAGUGCUCGUCAGUCACAUUAUGGUUACCAACAAUAUUUGGGCAAUGAGCCAGGCAAAUAUACCUAUGAUGGACAAGUGAUACCUACAUUUUGUGAUACUUCAUUUACUUCUUUCAGGCCUGAAUGGGAAGCAGUGCAUCCUUUCAUAGUACCCCAUGGUCCUCCUCUUCCCAGAUUUAACUAUCAUUUAAGUAUUCAAAGAUUCAGUGCUCCACCAAAUCCAUCACUGAAUAUUUUACAUGCUCAAGAUGACUAUCAAAUGCAAAAUGGGUAUGAUGUAAAUAGUCGUGUUAACUGGAAUUAUUUGACUUUUGAUCAGAAAAAUGAAUAUACUGACUAUACUGAAAAUAGCAGAAAUGUUCUUCCCCCUAGAGAUGUCUACAGUGUUCAAGAUGGACAUGGGAGUAACGGUUUAUGUGAAAUCAAAGAAAGAAGCUGGGAAGAGCCUCCUGUGGACAAGCAUAAUGGAAUGGACAGGUUUAUAAAUCAGCAGUUUGAAGAAGAAAAGUUAAAUAAAUUGCAGAAAUUACUUAUUCUAUUAAGAGGUCUGCCUGGUUCUGGAAAAACAACAUUGUCUAGAAUUCUGCUUGGUCAGAGUCGUGAUGGCAUUGUGUUCAGCACUGAUGACUAUUUUCACCAUCAAGAUGGGUACAGGUAUAAUGUUAAUCAGCUUGGUGAUGCCCAUGACUGGAACCAGAACAGAGCAAAACAAGCUAUUGAUCAGGGGAGGUCUCCAGUUAUAAUAGACAACACUAAUACACAAGCUUGGGAAAUGAAACCGUAUGUGGAAAUGGCCAUAGGAAAAGGAUACAGAGUAGAGUUUCAUGAACCUGAAACUUGGUGGAAAUUUGAUCCUGAAGAAUUAGAAAAGCGGAAUAAACAUGGUGUGUCUCGAAAGAAGAUUGCUCAAAUGUUGGAUCGUUAUGAAUAUCAAAUGUCCAUCUCUAUUGUAAUGAAUUCAGUGGAACCUACACAGAAAAGCACACAAAGACUCCCUCCUCCACAGGGAAGCCAGAGAGAAAAGGUUUUGAAGAAAAGUGGUCAUAGACUCAGCAAAACCAAACAGAAGAAAAACAGAAAACGAAACAAAAAGCAUAAGAUUCUUGGUGAAAUCAUGGUUGAAAACUCAUUUGAAGCCUUAAAUUAUCUUACCUCAGGAGAUCAAGACCCAGGUGAAGAAGAUUUUCAAGAGAUCAAAAGAGAAUCAAUUUGUCCCUUAAAUAGUGGCUUACAAAAUGAAGUAGGGGAUUUUGUGAAUGGCUAUGAAGAAAAUAGUUGGAAAAACAUAGAUCCUGAAGAUUGUUUUCCAAAUAUACCUACAGUUGAGUUGGACAGCCCAUCAAAGAAUUACUUCCGUAGGGAAGUUGAUGACUUGCUUCAAACUUUGUCGUCAAAUGUUACUUGUCCAACAGAGCCUCAAAAUCUUCCUUGUGUAACAAGGAAUGACUUCUCUGACAUGAAGGUAGAAAAGCAUAUUGGAAAUAGACAUAACUUGGCAUUAGAUACCCAGGACCUAUUUGCUGAAAUCCCAUGUUCAUUUAUGAAGAAGAGAGAGAUGAUAGACAAACUUCUCUCAAACGAACCAGUUCCAUACUAUCAAUGUAGAACUUCAGAUCUUUUAAUAGAGGAACAAGGAGUACACAAAAUUAAGAACAAUUGUUGGGCUUUUUUUACAGCCAAUUUAUCUGAUAAAGAAUUACAGCUAGGCCCUGACAGACAAUCCUGUUUUGGUAGCUGGCCUGAGGGAACUCAUAUGUUUGUAUGUGAACAAAGACCAAAGAAAGAUAGAUCACAGAAAUUGACCUGUCCUGACAGCAAGGAACAACUGAUUAAAUUGAUUUCUACUUCUGAAGGAGCAUCAGGACCAGGAAGUAAUCCAGAAAUAUUGGUAGAGGAAAAGCUACUGAUAGAAAAUGAAGAUUUGUCACCUUCAACUAAAACUACAGAUUCAUUCAUAGAAACAGAAACAAAUAUAUUCAGAAGCUCUUUACUUCAAAUAGAUAUCCUGAAGAAUGCCUCAGAACCAACAAAGAAUAAGAAAAAGAUACAGAAUAGGAUCUUCAAGUUGGCACCAAACUUGAAUUUACUGGAACAGAGUAAUAUAAAUGCAAAAGAAAGGGAGAAAUAUGGCCUAUUAAUAGAAAAGUAUGAACUGAACAAUAUUUUGGGAAAAGAAAAUGAUAAAAUUUCAGAAAUAAAUAACAAAAAGGAGAAGAAGCAAAAAGUCAUGGCCUUUAACCAUCAUCCAUUGUGGUUUUACCUUGGUAUAAUGAGAGAUUCCCUUCUAAAUAUUGGUGGACAGUUUUAUUCUCGUUACCUGCCACUUAACAGACCAGGAUGCACUGUAUGUUUAUACAAAUAUCCUGUUCCUUCUCUUGUACUACAUUAUAUAUCUAGCUUUUGGUUGAUACUUUUUACCAACAAAAAACCAUUUUUGACUUUCAAACCUCAGACAAGAUUAGGUAAUAAACUAAAUGAUGUAGAGUUUAUUUCUUCAGAAAUUUUAAGAGGCCAGCUUCAUACUUUGUGCUCUUUAAAGGUUACUUCUGAACUUUACUUUUUAAAUCAACAAUUUGGUGACAAGCUGAAGAGACAGGAAGAAUCUAAGCCAUUACAGUGCUUACUAACUAAGGAUAGACAAGAUUUAAUAAGCACUGAUUUUAAUUUCCUUGGGCUACCAUUAUCACAAGACUUUGCCUUUCAACUAGUAAAGGUAUUCGGAUCUCCUGGAAUUCCAAUGGAAUCCUUGUUGCCUGAUGACUGUGUGAUUCCCCUUGACUGGAAAACAAUGAAGCUGAUCUAUUUACAUUGGAGGAUGUCAAUAGAGAAAAGACAGAAGAUGACACUGGCUAAAACUGAGAAUUCCUUGAACUGCUCUCUUAUCGGAUCAUGUAUAUGGCUUGGGGAGAAGGCUGUUUUUAAUCAAGGCAGUGUUCUAGGUACUUGGGAAUCACCAGUGAACAAAACACAGAUCCUGCUCAUGUGGACCUUGUAUGCCAGAGACAAUUGCAGCAUGACUUUCCCAUGGCCAUGAUUUUCAGCACAGAUGAUUUUUUCGCCAGGGAAGAUGGUGCCUAUGAGUUCAAUCCUGACUUCUUGGAGGAAGCUCAUGAAUGGAACCAGAAAAGAGGUGAUGAAUUCAUUCCCAAAAUCCUGGGAAGCCCUGUUGUGCACACAGAUUUUAUCUGCUUCAGAAUGUGUAACUUUUAUGGAAACGAGCUUAAUCAAAAGUUCUACCACUCUUCCCCCAAGCAGAAUGCCAUAGCAUAACCUCUUUAGAUUCUACGGAAAAAAAUUACUGUAAUGGGUUCCAAAAUAGGUGGCAUUUUAAAAUUGUGUAAUGACACUUUGUAAUAAAAAUGACAAAAUAUGGAUGACGCUCACCCUUCUCUGACUAUUGCAUGUUGUUCACUGUUAUGUAAAUUGUGUUGCAGCAAGAAAAGCAAUGAGGAAUGGCAUAUCCCCCAUUAUUAUUGAUAAUACCAACCUCCACGCCUGGGAAAUGAAGCCCUAUGCUGUCAUGGUAGGAAGAAGUAUCAUUCUGAAUUUUCAGUUAUGGGCAUUUUGUGAGAAAGUUGAAACAUAUGUUCUUUUCUCUUUUUCUGGUCUUCCAUGACUUCAUAUUUAUUAACAGUGGUUCUUGAAAGGAGCAGGUAAAGCAGGUUUCUCUGCUGUGUAGUGGCUGAAAUUUGCUGAGAUGCUAAUCUCACCUCGGGGCACAAUUUUUAAAUUCUCCUUGGUGAACAGUCUUGGGUCUGAAUUCCUAACAGCUUUCCAGUCUUGAUUACUUUCCAUACAGAGGAGUUUCGCUGAAACUUGCAGGGAAAUAUUGGACUAAGUGAUACACGACCAUGACAGGUUAUAAUAGGACUGCUUUUGGGACUCGGGAUCACAGCACUGUGUACUAUUGUCAUCUGGGAGUUCCAGGGCAACAGAGUAUUUUGAUUUAAAAAUAAUUUUAGGAUUAUCACUGUAACCCUAUUAAGGCAGUAGCAUAAGAAUAUUUAUAUAACUCAGCUCGCCAAGGAAAUGGGACCCAGGACAGGUAAGACUUUAGGUGCCUUUUUUCAGGGGUCUUUUUUUCCCAGACAUAUUUUGUCUCAUGCUAAUAACUUUUCAUUCUCUAUUGGGUAAAGGAGAAAACACCCACCACCAUACAAAGUAGGACAGGAAGCAGACAGCUUCUACUUAUGUCACAAGGAAUCCCCUUGGUAACUGUAAAGCGUCCCUGGACUCACAGCAGUCUCUAUUUAGGCUUUUUACAUUUUGGGCAAGAAUAGCAUACCUACAGGUGUGCUUUUCUUUAACAAUACUUUUGUCAGUUUUACAGUACUUAGACCCAGACUGGGACUGGGAUGAAUGUAAGAAAGAAUAAGCAUCAACUUUGUGUUUAUUUCGGUUCAUGAUCAAGAGGUCAUGUGGGAGAGAAAUGAAAAGGACCAUGAAGAGUUAAAUGAAUUCACGCACAUCUCAAAACAAGACUUAGGGAUUGAGAGUGGCUUUGGGAAGGCAUAUUACUUUUCAUUCUCUGGAUAUAUACAGUUUUUUCAGCCACUUGCAGCUAUUAAGACUCAAAAAGAUGUUUUCAUGAUAUAGUAGUUGAAUCCUUCCAUAAUUAUCCAAAGAAUAAAGAGGAAAUAACAUUCUUAAAAGAUGUAUUAAUUGAUAAAUAGUAAGUUUUAGUACAUGUAUCCAAUGAGCAAUGAUCAAUUCAGGAUAUUAUGAUUAUUCAUCACCUCAAAUAUUUGUCAUUUCUUUGUGAUGAGAACAUUCAAAAUCCUCUAGUUAUUUUGAUAGUGGUUAUAAUUCUUUGAUACAAUGUGUACUAUAAUCAUCCUUCUGUGUAAUAAUACACCAGAACUUACUCAUCCUAUUUAUGAGAAAAUCUUUCUACUUAGCUCUUUUCAUUCUGUAUUUUUCAACACAGUAAACAACAGUAAUAACAAAAAGUUCAGUCUGAAAUAAAGCAGGAUUCAAUUUAUGGAUGCAAAGAACAUUUAGAUAUUUGUAUGGGGACUAUAAUUGUUUUCUAAACUCCAGGAAACGAGGUGCAGUGCUUUGAGUCAGACUUUUGAGUAGAAGCAGGUAGAACUACUUCUGGAGGGAUAAUUAUAUAAAACAUAGGGAAAUCACUUUUACUUCAUAAACUGUUUCUGUGGCACUCUCACUUCCAAAACCAAGGCUUGAGAACUAGAACAAGGCAUUUGACAGAAGUAAAUCUACGGUGAGCAUACAAAUGACUUUGAGAACUCAGUGAGUUUGUUGUUUGGGAUAUUUUAAAUAGUUCAGUAAUCUACUUUUAAAGACGUUCAACUUCUACAUGCUGGAUAAAACUGACCAAAACUUAACAUUGUGAAUUAUAAUCUGAGAGUGGCUAAGUAUGGGAAAGAACUGACUGCAUUAAGAUAAAUUAAGGCAUUGGAUUACCAGUAAAACAAAAGGAAUUUUAGGAAAGCUUUGUAAUAAAUGUUAAAUGGCAGCAUAAACAUACCCAAACAUACAUACUAUGUCUUCAAUGUUUUAUGUACUUUUGAAAAAUCAGGCACUUGAAAAUAACUAUGAAGUUAUAUUCCGAGAACCUGACACUCGCUGGAAAUUCAACGUUCAAGAGUUAGCAAG